AUGAUACCCGCACCUAGUCCAAGCAAAGAAAGGAAACUGUUGAAACCGCAUAAUCCUGGAACUUCCCCUGUGAAAAUAUGUGCGGCCCCGGUGCGAUCACCCUUGGUGACACCAACGAAAAGCCACGGUGAUAGAUUUAUACCCAUACGCAAACCGAAUCAUGAAUGGACCACUCGUUAUAAUGCAAUAGUUUGUCCAGAACAAGAGACGCCUAAUCAAUUCAAGCGUCCGAAUACGAAUCGCGCUCCUGCGACUUCCACGAAUACAGCGAACAACAAUGGAAGUCCGAGCUCUCAGUACAACCCCGCUCAGAACCCAACUAGCGACGAAUCACGACAGGAUCAAAUGGUGGUCCGUGCUUUGCUUAGGAAUGAGUUGCUACAGGACAGAAUAGACGACAUACGCUCAUGCUAUAAAGAUGUGGAAACAGAAAAGCCUCCAAGUAGCCCGGCUGGUGGGCUUUUUAGUUAUAUCAAGAGAACUCCGACGAAGUUGGGUGAUCCAAGCACAUCUCACAGCUUUGCAUUGUCACCAUUCUCUGGUCCACUGAGUGAAGACAGUCAAAGACUCUUGAAAAGUCCUCGAAAACCGCAAAGGAAGGUUCCAAAAAAUCCGUACAAGGUUCUGGACGCCCCCGAGCUUCAGGAUGACUUCUACCUUAAUUUAGUAGAUUGGUCAUCACAGAAUAUGCUAUCAGUGGGGCUUAAUACGUGUGUAUAUCUUUGGAGUGCAUGUAAUAGUCAAGUUAUCAAACUGUGCGAUUUGGUUAAUGAUCAAGACACUGUAACCUCUGUACAAUGGGCAGAUAAAGGCGAACUUCUUGCUGUCGGAACGAAUCGAGGAAUCACUCAAAUUUGGGAUGUGCACACACAAAAAAUGACAAUGGAGUUGUCUGGCCACACAUCGCGAGUAGGUUGUUUGGCGUGGAAUGGUGAUCUAGUUUGCUCGGGUAGUCGUGAUCGGCACAUUAUUCAACGAGACAUAAGACAACCUCACCUUACUGAGAAGAAGAUGAGUGCACAUCGUCAAGAGGUCUGCGGUUUAAAGUGGUCGCCUGACAAACAGUAUUUGGCGUCUGGUGGAAAUGACAACCAACUGUUGGUGUGGUCUAUGCGGCGUACUGACCCUAGCCAGACGUUCACCGAACAUAGUGCGGCGGUGAAAGCGCUCGCAUGGUCACCACAUCACCAUGGUUUGUUGGUGUCAGGUGGAGGUACCGCUGACCGUCAUCUUCGCUUCUGGAAUACACUGACUGGCCAACCAAUGCAGGCCAUUGAUACCGGAAGUCAGGUUUGCAAUGUUGCAUGGUCAAAACACAGCAGCGAAUUAGUAUCGACACACGGGUAUUCGUUAAAUCAAGUGAUAAUAUGGAAAUAUCCUAGUCUACAACCAGUAACGAAACUUUCUGGACACCAAUUCAGAGUUCUUUAUCUGGCUAUGUCUCCUGAUGGAGAAUCAAUUGUGACGGGAGCUGGUGAUGAAACGCUACGUUUCUGGCACGUAUUCAGCAAAUCUGGACAACAACGGGCCGCUAGGAGCAAGCUAAAUUUGUUUCACAGUUUGCGAUAA